UGAAUACUUUAAUGUAGUACAACAACUACUAUGUUUGUAUGUUCUCCACCAACUCCACAAGUGAUAUUAACUUAAACCCCACGGAACAUGUGCCUCCAGUGGUUUUCUGCUUAUGCCCAUCUGAAGUAGGCCUUUUCUCCAUAAAACCAGAACCAUACAUUCCCCAAUGUAUGAAUAACCUCUUAAUACUGCUUCUUGUUUUUUCGUUUCUUGAGAUAAUUGUUUCACAGAUGGAGCAAAAGUUGAGAUGAAUAACUGUGUGUUAGGCAUAGCCAAGCAGAUUGUAAUCAUGAUAAUCGCGAUAUCAAUGAUAUUGCUCUUUGUUGGGAUCGGAAUUCUGAUCCUGAUUCACAUCUGUAUAGUUGGGAGAGCUUACAGAAGAGGAAUUGGAACUACUAACAUAGUGGAAAGAGGCAGCUUAGCUAGCAACAGCAUGUCCCAUGAGGAUAUAGAAAAGCUCCCUUCCUAUGCCUUUCAGUCCAAAGAUAAAGGAACUAGUCCAAUUGAAUGUGCAGUUUGUUUGGCUAAUCUCAAAGUGGGUGAAAAAUGCAGAUUGUUGCCUCUUUGCAAUCACAGUUUUCAUGCUGAAUGCAUAGACUUGUGGCUCUUGAAAACAUCCAUUUGUCCAAUAUGCAGAGCUACUGCUGAUUUUCUGAAGGGUGAAUCGAUAUCUGCUGGAGAAAGUAGCCGAUACAGUGAAAGUGGCAGGCAGGAAUUAAACGCGGAAACUCCUGAUUUAGCAAUGAUACUAGUACCAGAGAGUGACAAUCCCGUCAACAGUUUAAGCUUUGAGACGAGAACAAAUCAUACAGGGAGUACAGCCCAAGACAGUGAGCAAUUGAGUGGAAUUGGUCCUAUAAAUGGCCAAAUUACUAGUGAAGCUAAUGUGAACAUUAGUGAGAAUUCUACUGAGUUGAGAGCAAUUACCCAACCUAUAGAAAGUAUCAAUUUGGUCCAUGAAGAAAUACUACAAUCAAGAAACACACAAACAGCUCAAUUAAGCUAAUUAAUUAGCUGAUCAGAGUUGACAACCAUUAUAUAGGUAUGUUGCUUUGCCAAGAAAAUAUUUCUUGGACUGUAAAACUAAUAUAUAUAUUCUUUCUUUUUAUUUAUA